GCCGCCGCCCCCUAUAUAAGCGGCGGCCACUGCUCAGUGGCGGAACCUCUUUGCUCUCUCGGUGGGACGUCGGAACCUCUCCGUGCACGAUGCGUCUGUUGAUCCUGCUAGCGGCGGCGGCCGUCUGUGUGAGCGGCCAGCAGAGGUACGACUACAGGCCGCCCUGCUCCUACCUGCCGCCGCCGCCCACAGAGCCGGUGUGCACCAAGCAAUGCCCGUCGAACAGCCGCUGCGAGAUCCAGCAGGUCUGCGUCCCCCUGGAGAACUGCUCGACCAAGAAAUGCAAGGUCAACGAGUACUGCAAGGAUGAGCCCCAGGGCCCCGUCUGCUACCCCAAGGAGACGUGCGCUAACAAGAGGAUCCCGUGCAAGGUUGGCCUGGAGAUUUGCCGUGACACUGCCAGCGGCCCCAUCUGCGAACCCCUGAAACGCGAGAAGGAGACAUGCGCCAACAAGAAGGUGCCGUGCAGGUCCAACGAGCGCUGCGAGGACCGCAGCACGGGUCCCGUCUGCGUGCCAAUCGGCACCAAGGAAAAGGAGACGUGUGCCAACAAGAGGGUGCCCUGCCGCACGGGAACCGUCUGCGAGGAUCGCUCCUCUGGCCCUGUCUGCGUCCCGGUCCCGGAGACCUGUGCCACCAAGAGGACCCCGUGCCGUACCGGAUACAAGUGCGAGGACCGCAGCUCGGGCCCCACCUGCGUGCGCAUUCCUGAGACGUGCGCCAACAAGCGUCGCCCGUGCAGGGCCAAUGAGAAGUGCGAGGACAGGCCCACCGGCCCUGUCUGCGUGCCUGACCGCAAGACGUGCGCUGACAUCAAGUGCUCGGCCGGAGAGAUCUGCAACGAUCUUCCCGACGGUCCCGACUGCGUGCCCGAUGUGCCUUCCUGCGAGGGCUUCUUCUGCCGGCGCGGUACCAACUGUUACAUCCGUAACGGCUCGCCCACGUGCCUGCCCAACACCUGUGAGGUCCGCGAGUGCCGCCGUGGCCUGAGCUGUAUCGACACCCCGAGCGGCGCCCUCUGCCGGCGUGGAACUCCUUCCCGCAGCUGUGAGGGCAAGUACUGUCCGGAUGGCUCCAAGUGUGACGAGUCUGGACCCGAGGGUGCCCACUGUGUCAAGAUCUAAACUGCCAUCACGUUCACGGGCACGCGGAGCGUCCACCUCCCAGGGAGGCGACCGCUACCGCUGUGCCCUCCACAUCACCAAGUCCGGAUCAGAGCAGACGACAUCAAUAACUGCAACAAAGUCUCAUUGAAAGAGAGCUACACCGACGUACCGGCCAAACUUUCAAACCGCGGCUGCGACCGCGCAGAAAUGGCCGAGAGAGAGUGAACCCAUCAACAAACACCAUUUCCUUUACAACGAAUCAUCGUCAAAAGUUGAAAUAUAUUGUAGAACGAGA